AUGUCAAAUUUAACCGAUUUGGAUCCAUCGCCUGGUGAUGGCGAUAUUCAUGUUAUCAAUCGUGCUCAUCAGUUUCCGAAUGAAGAUAGCGCCCCUCAUACCGAAAAUGCCGAUACACCCAACUUCAUCCACUCUUUAGAUUUACCCCCAUCCCUUUCCGCUUCCAAUAAUCUCUUUGAUGAGUUUAACACCCAUGAAAAUCAAGAACAAAACUCAAGACAAGAUAUCCCAAACUCCACUGAGUACAAUCCUAAUUUGACCGAUAUUCAUAAUAAUCCAUCCGAUGAUUCAGAGAAACCUUUAACCAGCGCGCUAACGAGGUUUCCUAGCAAUCUUCCACCUCUUCCACCUCUCUCAGAAUCCAUAAUUGCCAAGGAUAUUCCAUUACCGUCAAACCCAAUUCUACCAGAGUAUGUUUCCAAUGGAGUUAUGAAUUCUAAUAGACCUCAGGCAUUAUUGGGUAGUAUACAAAAGAAGAAAAAGGAACAGCAGGGACCAAAGACAAGGCCUGCUUUUGUCAUGAAGAUUUGGUCUAUGGUGAAUGACAACGCUAAUCAUGAAUACAUCCGCUGGAACGAAGACGGCGAGUCCUUCCAAGUGGUACACAGAGAGGAAUUUAUGAAGAAGAUUUUACCAAAGUAUUUCAAACACAAUAAUUUUGCUUCUUUUGUGCGACAGUUGAAUAUGUACGGUUGGCAUAAAGUUCAAGAUAUCAAUAGUGGAUCGUUGAAAGAAGAAAGAGGCCAAGAAGAAAUUUUGCAGUUCAAGAAUCCGUACUUUAUCAAAGGCCGUGAAGAUCUCCUUGAUAAUAUUGUGCGUAACAAGGCAGGAAACCAGGAAAACGAGUCUUUAGACUUGAGUAAUAUCAAUUUCCAACUCAUUAUCAAUGAACUUGACCAAAUAAAGCUCAAUCAAAUGGCCAUAAUAGAAGACAUGAGACGAAUGAGAAGUGAUAACCAAACCUUAUGGAAUGAAAGCUUUGCCACCCGUGAGCGCCAUCAAAAGCAAGCACAGACACUUGAUAAGAUUAUGAAAUUCCUUGCAGCUGUGUAUGGAAAUACUGCUGGUAAAAUUUUUGAAGUAGAGAAUGGUCCAUUGGAUCUGAACUACAACAAUCAUGUUUCAGCUUACACGAAUCCUCCUAAGCAGAAUUUUUCUUCUCCUGCUCAAUCACCUCAAACUUACUCGCAACCUGCUCCUAUACUGAAGCCUAGGUUGAUGUUGAUGGAUCAGGCAUACCAGAAGACACCAACCUCGGAUACGAAAUCACCAUCCAUUUCCACUGCAAGAGAUAGCUCAGUAGAGGAAAUCAUCAGAAAUAAUGGUAAUUUUCAACCUGCUCCUAAUGACCCAACAACAAACGUGAACAAGAUUUAUCAACAAAUAAUGAACCACGAGCCUUCAGCUCCAUCUCCACGCCACUUUUUCCCCGAGUUAAACAGUCCAUAUCCUGUGUCCCCAGGUCCACAAUUUUUGAGGAUGCCCACUCCUACGCAAGAGCAACACACCGAUACUCUUCAGGGCCUCGAACAAAAUAUUUACAAACAGGGACAAGCGUUGCUGCAAGUUCAGGACUGGAUCCAGACUUUGGCCAAUAGGCAGCAGCAACAGCAACAGCAAUUGCAACAGAGAAGAAGCCCUACAAUGCCCUCGCAGGAAACUGACCUUGACGAUUUUGAUGUGAACGAGUUUUUGAACAACAAUUCAGUCAAUCCGUCUACUCCAAGUCAGAGUUAUAACCUGACUAAUGAUGUUGCUGUACCCGAUGAUUAUCAACCGGAAAACCACGGCAAGCGCGUGAUCGAGGAGGUACAAGACAAUAAAGAGGGCAGGCAGAGAAAGAGAACCCGUAAGUAA